AUGCUCAUCAUGAUGGUUGGAUGGCUCAAUGUUCCAACACCACCUCAAGAGAUUGAGGUUUUGGAGCUGUUUGCUGGAACUGGGCGGCUGUGUCGUCUUGCAAAGGCUUGUGCAAUCCCUUCACAAGCCCAUGACCUGCUCUAUGAUAAACAUGAAAGAUCUUCAAUGGUAGCUGCCCCAGCUGCCAUGCCUGCCCCACCUUUGCCAAAAGGUGAUGAUGAAUUCUUGGAGGUGAGUUCGGGGGACCAAAGGGCUCUGGCAAAGGCAAGUCCAGACGAUGCUGUGGUACCCACCCGUCCACCACCCCCAAAGCUGACAAGGGGGGCUAUCAAGAAACGGCUUUGGCGUUUGGUCCAGCCAAAAGCCAGUGGCAAGUUCAAGGUUCCAAAGGAAGUUGUGGAUGAGUACCGUGAUGAACGAACACGUGGUCGGGUAGAGGCACUGUUCGAGAAAAGCGGAUACCAACGGGAGGUUUUCAUUCAGAAGGUACGACGGAUCUAUGAGUCUGUGAAUGAAACCAGCCUAGAGAGCAACUAUGAGUUCUUGUCUGAAGAUGACAUGAAGGAGCUUGGUUGGUCCGAGAGAACGCGUCGCGACAUUGUUCAGGAGCUGGUGGAAGAGGAGCUGGGAGACGGUCCCACAAUGAAAAAACUGGAUGGAAAAAUCCGGAAGGUGGACCCUGAAUUUGCGAUGUUUGAUGACGAUGAGAUGAUGGAAGGUCAGCCCGAUGAAGAGGUGAGUGAAUCCUCAGAUGGCCUCGAGGAAGCUGCUGCGGAGACACAGCAAGAAGUUCUUAAGCAGGUCAAGUUUCCAGAGGUGGAGAAGGAUAAGCUCUUGGAGAAGGUUUGUGAACUCACCAAGAACCUCUCCACUGCCGAUGAGCAAAUGGGUCAGAUCUACACGGCUGGUGUUGUCAAUGGAUUCACCAAAGAGUUCCAUGGCUUCAUUUGCUUGUCAAACCCAGAUUCCUUCUUAGCUUUGUUUGUGAAAGAUUUCCGGCUAAGGAGUGCUCUGAAGAGUCUUGGUAAAACCUCGGCCAAGUCGGCUGAGAAUCGUAGUGCUGCGAAGGGGAAGGCGAAAGUGAAACGGCUGGGCCUCUUGAGGAACAGCUUGCAGAAUCAUUUGGCGAUGGAGUUGGGAACCAAGCGUGUCACUGGAGUGGACACCAAGCUGGCCCUUACUGCUGUAUCUGCCAAGCCUGGGUGUGAACGUGAUAGAGACAAAAGGAAAGCCAAUGCUGAACGCUACAAGGCCUUGGCCCGGCGUACCAUGACAUUGCAGAUUGGUGGUUACCGCUUGAAACCCAAAUUUCAUGGGCUACACCACGUUGCACAGUUUGUGAAGGAUGCUCUUCAAAGAGGAGACAUGCAGAAGCUGGAGCACAUGUUGGGCUGCCCCGUCGCAGGUGCCAAUCUCCUGGACUUCUUGCCGGCCAAGGAGGACCAGGCGCGAUGGGCGAUUCUUUCCGUGCCUUAA